GCCGACCCGAUGGAAGUCAACAGAUCGAGUAUCUACAAGCAGACCAUCAAGAACAAGUACCCGAUUCCACAAAUCGAUGACCUACCUGACCAGCUUCGAGGAGCCACGGUAUUCUCAAAACUAGAUCUGCGGUCCGGAUAUUGGCAGAUAAGAAUGGCGGACGAUUCCGUUCACAAAACUGCUUUCCGAACUCGGUACGGAUCGUACGAGUAUCUGGUAAUGCCGUUCGGACUCACCAACGCACCUGCAACAUUCCAAGCAGAGAUCAAUCAUAUUCUACGCCCACUUCUGGACGAGUGCGUGAUGGUGAACCUGGACGACAUCCUCAUCUACUCGCGCGACAUGCAACAACACGUCGAACACCUACGACGCGUCUUCGAAAUUCUUCGACGAGAACGCUUCUACGUCAAACUAUCCAAGAGCGACUUCGCCUUCGAGAAAGUCCAGUUCCUCUGACAUAUCGUAAGCGCUCAAGGA